AUGGCUGCUCCCAAGAGUGAUAUCCACUUGUACACCACCGGUACACCCAACGGCAUCAAGGCGUCCAUCCUGCUUGAAGAGCUCGGCCUUCCGUACCAAGAGCCUUGGUUCCUCGAGAUCAACCCCAACGGCCGCAUCCCGGCUCUCACAGACUCGUUCGAUGACGGCAAGCCCAUCCGCAUCUUCGAGAGCGGCAGAUUCUUGCAGUACCUCGUUGACCGCUACGACAAGGACCACAAGGUGUCCUACCCCGCCGGCUCGCGCGAGACUGGGGAAACCACCAACUGGCUGAUGUGGCAGAUGGCGGCCUCGGACCCAUGCAGGGCCAGGCCAACCACUUCAAGCGUAUGUCCCUUCAGCCGUCGCGACGUGCGAGCAAGUGAGACGGCGCCGCUGACGAGUUUGCUUGGCAACGCACCCGAGCAGAUCCAGUACGGUAUCGACCGCUACUCCUUCGAGUCGCGUCGCCUCUAUCGCACUCUGGACACGCACCUGGCCAAGUCCUCGUCCGGCUUCAUCGUCGGCGACAAGCUGACUGUCGCUGACAUAUCAUGCUGGGGCUGGAUCGCCGCUGCCCACUGGGCCGGCAUUGACAUUGAGGAGUUCCCCCACGUCAAGAAGUGGCUGUACAAGCUGCUUGAGCGCCCCGGAUUCGAGAAGGGCCGCCACGUUCCCACCAAGCACACCGCUCUUGAGUCGGCGCAGAAGAGCGAGGAAGAGCUGGAGAAGGCGGCUGCCGAGUCGAGGCAGUGGGUGCAGAGUGGAAUGAAGGAGGAUGCCAAAAACUAA